AUGGUGAAGCAGAUCGAAAGCAAGGGUGAUUUUCAUGCUGCUUUGAGCAGUGCUGGAGAUAAGCUUGUAGUCGUUGACUUCACAGCCACAUGGUGUGGGCCUUGCAAAAUGAUCAAACCUUUCUAUCAUUCUCUCUCUGAAAAGUUUGGCAAUGUGGUGUUCCUUGAAGUUGAUGUGGAUGACUGUCAGGAUGUUGCCUCAGAGUGUGAAGUCAAAUGCAUGCCAACAUUUCAGUUUUAUAAGAAGGGGGAAAAGGUUGGUGAAUUUUCUGGUGCUAAUAAGGAAAAACUUGAAGCUACCAUUAACGAAUUAUGUUAAUUAUGUUUUCUGAAAACAUAACCAGCCAUCAGCUGUUUAUAAAACU